CUUCUUCUUGUAGGUUGAAAGAAGAAAAGGAGACCUGCUUGUCCAAUGAAGAUGCAGUCUUAGUCUUCAGCUAUUUAAGCUGAAUGCAUUGUGAUUUCCAAUAAUUGAGACAGUGAUUCUGAAAGCUGUCUACAUUAAUGAAAAGAACAAUGUAGUCAGCUUAACUGAAUCAUCAGUGUUGCAUAUUGAAUAGAACACGAUAAACCAAUCCCGAUGGACUCGUGCAUGUUAGGAGUAUAGAUAUACACAUUUAUUAAAGCGUUGGUUUGUUUUUUUAAGAGACAGUAGUUUUAAAAAUGGAGAACUAUGAAGGUGUCCCACCCCUCCCUAAAGAACCCGCGAGAGACAUGAAUGUGGAGAACCAGAGCUGUCCCCCACCUCUGCCGCCCAGCGAACAGCCUCCACCACCUCCCCUGCAAACGUCCAGUGACGCAGAGGUAAUGGACGUUGGCUCUGGUGGUGAUGGACAGUCAGAUAGCCCUGCUGGGGACACGCCCGGGCUCGGCAGGACUCAGCUGCUCACCAAGGGAUCUGCCUGCUACAAGAGCCGCCUCAUCGUAGACCCUGCCGGCGGCGACCAAAGCCCCAGGACCGCUCGGCACGCCCCGUCGCUCCGCAAGUUCACCCCAGAUCUUAAGCUGCUGAAGGAUGUGAAGAUUAGUGUUAGCUUUACAGAGAGCUGCAAGAGCAAAGACAGGAAAGUUCUGUACACUGGAGUUGAGCAGGAUUAUAAGGCAGACGCAGAGUUUGGUGUUAAUAAUGUCAAUGGGGAUUUGCAUGUUUGUCCUUUCGGUGGUAGUAAUGGUAAAGCUGUAGGAAUAGGGGGAGACAGUGAGGACAAGAAGGAUGAUGAAAAUGAUAUUGAUCAGGAAAAGAGAGUGGAAUAUGCAGUUCUGGAUGAGCUAGAAGACUUUACCGACAAUUUGAUGGAAAUAGAUGAAGAAGGAGGAGGGUUCACAUCUAAAGCAAUCGUUCAAAGAGAUAAAGUGGAUGAAGAAACUUUGAAUUUCUCAUAUGAGGAUGACUUUGAUAAUGAUGUGGAUGCUCUGCUGGAAGAGGGUCUCCGAGCACCCAAAACAAGGAGACUCGAUAAUGAGAAAUAUGGUGGUGAGAGCGAUCACCAGUCUGAUGGAGAAACGAGUGUGCAGCCCAUGAUGACCAAAAUUAAAACUGUCCUGAAGAGUCGUGGCCGCCCUCCUACAGAGCCUUUGCCAGAUGGAUGGAUCAUGACAUUCCAUAACUCGGGCAUUCCUGUAUAUCUGCACAGAGAAUCCAGAGUUGUUACCUGGUCUAGACCUUAUUUCUUGGGAACAGGAAGCAUAAGGAAACAUGAUCCUCCCCUUAGUAGCAUUCCUUGCUUUCAUUACAAAAAAAUGAAGGAAAAUGAGGAAAGGGAACAAAACAAUGACAUAACCCCAAACGGGGAGGUAUCACCCGUAAAGCAUCUAGAGAAAUCCUCAGAACUGGACUGCCAGACGGAAGAACCAGAUUCCACUGCUGCUGAUUCUGGGCCUUUAGAUGACAAAGACCCCUCUGGGGGAGAUGCAGCACAAGGAGCCUUGGGACAAGUUAAGGCCAAAGUUGAAGUAUGUAAAGAUGAAUCUGUAGAUCUGGAGGAUUUCAGGCGCUACCUGGAGAAGCGAUUUGACUUCGAGCAGGUGACGGUGAAGAAGUUCCGGACGUGGGCGGAGCGGCGCCAGUUCAACCGCGAGAUGAAGCGCAAGCAGGCCGAGGCCGAGCGGCCCAUCCUGCCUGCCAACCAGAAACUCAUCACCCUCUCUGUGCAGGAUGCACCCAUCAAGAAAGAAUUUGUCAUUAAUCCCAAUGGGAAGUCUGAAGUUUGCAUACUGCAUGAAUAUAUGCAACGAGUCCUGAAGGUUCGCCCUGUUUACAAUUUCUUUGAAUGUGAGAACCCAAGUGAACCUUUUGGAGCCUCAGUUAUUAUUGAUGGAGUAACUUAUGGGGCAGGAACUGCCAGCAGCAAAAAACUUGCCAAGAAUAAAGCUGCUCGAGCUACACUGGAAAUCCUUAUUCCCGACUUUGUUAAACAGACCUCUGAGGAGAAGCCCAAAGACAGUCAAGAACUUGAGUAUUUUAACCAUAUCAGUAUUGAGGACUCACGGGUAUAUGAACUCACCAGUAAAGCUGGACUCUUGUCUCCAUAUCAGAUUCUCCAUGAGUGCCUUAAAAGAAACCACGGAAUGGGAGAUACAUCCAUCAAGUUUGAAGUGAUUCCUGGGAAAAAUCAGAAGAGUGAAUACGUGAUGACGUGUGGGAAGCACACGGUGCGAGGCUGGUGCAAAAAUAAGAGAGUGGGGAAGCAAUUGGCUUCCCAGAAAAUCCUGCAGCUCCUGCACCCCCACGUGAAGAACUGGGGCUCUCUCUUGCGGAUGUACGGGAGGGAGAACAGCAAGCUGGUUAAACAGGAAACCUCUGAUAGAAGUGUGAUAGAGCUUCAGCAGUAUGCCAAAAAGAACAAGCCAAAUCUGCACAUCCUGAACAAGUUACAGGAAGAAAUGAAAAAACUGGCACAGGAAAGAGAGGAAACACGAAAGAAACCCAAGAUGACUAUAGUGGAGUCUGCUCAGCCUGGGAGUGAACCUCUCUGCACUGUUGAUGUGUGAGGAGAAAAUGCAAGUGGGGAGCAAUAACACAAAUGGAGGAACUAGAUUCUCAACAAUUAUUUAAAAAUUGUUUGCUGCAGAAUGCAAGAUAACUUUUAAAAUCCAAGCUGCUUCAGUUAUGCAUUGUUCUUUUUGCAUCAUCAGGGCAAUAUUACUUUUUCCUAGUUUCUUUUUCUUUGGUUAGGUAUUUUUCCUUUUUUAAUACCUCUGAGAUAUGUACGUUUAAAGGAUCGAUCAUAAAGGUCUCUUACUUGGCAAAUGCACAGAGCACAGGCAUGUUCACACAGGAUAAAAUCAAUCAAGCACUUUUUCCUGGAAAGCCAUCCAUGUUGUUUGAAAUGGAUGUAUUUUAAGUAUGAAAUUCAGAAUAUCUAUGUACAGGUUGAAGCCGAUAUUAUAUAUAUACACAUUCAUAUAUAUGUAUAUAUAAAAGAAAUAUAUGUACAUCUUCUUGUAUGAACAUGCCUAAAACUAUUUUUGUGAAAAGUUUUGUUGCAUUUCAGCACAUAAUAAUAUGCACUGAUAAGACACUUUGGUGACAAAUACAGGAAAGUGAUGAGCAAUGUUCCUAAUGCCAUAGGAUUAGGCCAGUAAUACUGUUUUUGUUUUGCUUUUUGUCUCCUGCCAGGCUUAGUUAUUUGAGAGCACAGGAUACAGAUUUUUUUACUACUUGAAAAGAACAAGUACACCUGGUAGUGUUAAGAGUAACAGGUUGGAUAUCCAAAAUUACUGGACUUUAUUUGAAAUAAAAAGAGCCUGUGUUAGUUUACAGAUCACUUGAACAGGGAAAAUAUGGCCCUAGUUGUAUGAUUAAAAUAAAAACUGUAGUUUGAAAGGCUGUUUUCAAAGCUUGGAGCCAAAACGCAGCUGAUGAUGGUUGAUAGUCUAAAUAUACUUUGCCAAUGAUGUGUUUAAAGACUUUCCACUCCCUUCUCCCAGCAAUAAAACAAUUUCUUAUUUGUUUGGUGUCAGAUUACAUCUGACUUGACCAAUUAAGUCUUAAUUAAUUUGCACCAUAAAAGCAAAGAAUUUAAAAAAGAAUCAACACAACCCUAAAAUCUGAAAUAACUGCAGCAAUUUAGUUUUUUUUUAAGAAGCCUUUGUUUUUACUUUUUUUAAUUACAUUUUUAGUUUUUAAAGACAAUGUGUAACUUCUGCAAACUAGAAUGUAGAUUUGGGUUAUGACAUAGAGUAAUGAAUAGAAUGAGACCAUAACUGGCUAUGCUCCUAACUAAGGAAGUCACAAAUAUGCAAAGUGUUCUCAGCUGCAGCACAGGCAGUGUGGGCAGGAGCUGUUGGCAGGCACAGCACAGGAGGAGUUCUUCACUGGGGUUCUUGUUCUUCACUGGGCUUCUCUGGGGCACUGCAGUGUCUGCCCUGGGAACCAUCCCUGGCUUCUCUGGCACUGCAGUGCCUGCCCUGGGAACCAUCCCUGGCUUCUCUGGCACUGCAGUGCCUGCCCUGGGAACCAUCCCUGGGUUCUGUGGCACUGCAGUGCCUGCCCUGGGAGCUGCUCUGUGUUGGCUCUGCGAGGGGAGAGUGAAAGCCGAGCUGGUGCUUCAGUGACUGCUGGAGGAGCUGCUCUGCUCUGUCCUACCCUCCUGCCCUGGGCAGUGACCCAGCUCACUCCUCUGCACCUGCUGCAGCUCCUGCCCCUUACCUGGACAGGGACCUGGGGGCUCGAGGGGUUGUUUGCUUUGGUUUUUCUUUUGAUUUUUUGCUGGGGGGUUUUUGAUUUCCUGUGUUACAUGGAGAGUGCUGCAGUAUAUUGAAUUUAGUGCCUACUGGAUUUUAACAAUGUUGGCAUCAGUAUUGUAAGACCUCCUUUUACAUCAUGCAUUACUUUGGAAAUACGUGGAGUUUAAUUUAUAUUUCAAGCUGAUGUUCUCUCACGUGUUGCAUAUGAUGUUUGAGGUUAAACAGGAGGAGUCCUGGAGUCUCACCUGUUUCUGUGUUUGAGUGAUACCCUCGGAGGUCUCUGCAAAUACAAAUCCAUCCAUUUUUUUAUUAUUGUAUUUAGCUUUUUAGUUCCACGAGUUGUAAUCCUGGUACAACAGGAUACGGGUAGUUGGAAGACUAUACAUGAACUUAUUAUUUAAAGAAGUGGCCUGUCUUAAAAAAAAAAAAAAGAAACAAAAAACACUGCCUCUGCUUUUUUUUGUAUAGCUUUAAUAAAUCUCCAUCUUUUGAAGGGUAUAUAAUAUUGGUGCAGCAGUGACAAGCAGUGAUUGCUGUUUGUCUCUUUGUUUUUAUUGGAUUUUUUUUUUUGUUUAUUUUCCUAAAGACAGGGCUUAUUAUAUCUUCUAUGCCUAAAUAGAUAGGUUUUAUUUCAGCUUCUCUGUUUUCAGCAGAAAAAUCUGUACUUGGAUGGCACUGUAAAAGACAAAUCACCCUUGUAGAUCUUUUUAUUUUUCUGAAACCAGAAUGUCAAUGCAUUUGCAGGUCACCUGCAGAAUAUCCAUAGAUGCCUCGCUUACCAAUUUGUUUUCAUUCAUUUUAAGAGGAUUGCUGUAUUACCUCACUCUGCCACUAUCAGAUUCACAAGGUGACCAUUGCCCUUAAUAAACACCCAGAGAUUUCAUUGUGAACCAAAGCCUAGAACGUGUAUUAUGCAUUCUAAACAAAACCCAAGCACCACGAUGGUAUCAGACCUUGCUGCAGCCUUUAACUGGAGAGCUGUCCAGGAACCCGCAAUAACUGCUGGAACAAACAACGGAACUGCUGUUGAUGUCAUGUGGAGUAUUCUUGUGUUUUAAUGUUUACUAUUGUUUGGAGUGUAACAGUCUUGCAUUUGCACAUAAGCACGAGCUGCUGUGAUAGAGGAUAGAUCAUUGCAUUAACUUCAGCUUCUGCAUGAACACUUACAGUGUGAUUCAAGAUGUAUCCUAAACUUGUCUUGUAACUUGUGUGUUUUCUAGGUAAUCGGCUGUAAAGGUUUAGAUCUGAUUGUAUGAAUGCAUAAAACAACUGCUGCUUUUGUCACUGAUACUUGUUAUUUAUCCCUUCUAUAUCCAGAGGAAGAUGGGUAUUUUUAUAGGGAUGGAGUGUAUUUUUAAGAACUGUUCCAUCCUUUGGGGAUUAGACAGUUUUGCUUUGCAUAUUAUGUGCUUCUUGACAAAAGUGUGGUUUAUUGACUUUAAGGAUUCAAUUAGUGUGCAUUCAAAUCUUCAUGGUACUGACAGAAAACUUACUGUGACUUGCAGUGACUAGUCAGAUGCUACCUACUGAAACACCAGUCAUCAGCUUUUUUACAUAUUUAUUAGGCAGAACUGAUGAAUUAGUUGGGUACUCAGAAGUUUGGAAAGACUAUUAUGCAUAAACUUAACUGUUGUAUGUAAACUUCCAUUCUCCUGUGAUGCUGUUAGGCUUUAUACAAAUAUAUUUGUAACAUCCAAGUAUUUAAAAGCAUCAUGAUUAUCUUAUUAAUUCUCUAAACUGUACUUUGGUCCUGGAGUGAAGUUGAGGAAGUGAUAUCCUCCUAACUUUCCGUGGGAAGGAAUGUGAAGUGCAAGAAGCCAUGCUGUUAUUAACCAAAUAAAUGAUCAGUUACAGUAUUCCAGUGUGUAUCUGGAGGUGGGAAAACAAAACAAACCAGAGUCCAUCCCUACUGCCCGAGCAGGUAACAAUGGUUGCUCUUUGAGUUGUGGUGGGUGCAGUUGCUUGAUGCCAGUGCUAAAUUGGUACAACUAUAAAGCCUCAUUUUCACUGAGCCUCUGCUUGCUUUUUUUCUGCACAAUCAUGUAAUCCUCUGUGUUUGGUCUUUGAGUACUACAUGUGUAUUUUUCAGACAAUUAGUUUUGAGCAAUAAAGUUUGAUAUUAUA